GCCCUGACCUUCGACCUUAUCCCCUUCCAGCUUCUCUCGAGACCCCGUGCAGACCCCUACCAAGCGUACCUAGAGCCCUGACUCUACUUCGUAGCCGACUCGAGUGCGAGACUCUCGCGACGAAGCCGAGAGCUGUCUCGGCCCGGAAAAAUACAAAAGAGAAGGAACGUCGAGCGAGUGCGUACCUUGGAGAACGACGGAGUGCGUGUCAACGCGACAAUCCUGGCGUAAAAGUGCGUCUCGCGAGGUGAAGUGUUACCCGUCACGAAUUGCCGAUGUAUUCGUCGUGCGUUUGUCGCGUGCAAUGUUCUUACGAGUGUGAACGAGUGCGGUAUCGCGUAAUGAUGAGAUAUACAGUUUAGUUCCUGACACAUAGUAGGGUAAUCACUGUGCUGGGGGGAGAAAAUGCUGGGAAUUCGCGCGGAUCGAUCGAGUUUAACUGUACUUGUUUCGCAAUGCGAGGAGCCUCUCGUCUCGUCGCGAAGCGCACGCAGCUGUUACGCAGCGACGUUUCGUCACGGCGAUGAUAAGUCGACGCUCGGUGAAAGCUCGGAUGUCGAGCACGAGUGACACGAUGAAGACUGGCUUACGCGGAAUACCGUCGCUUCGAUCAAAUUAGUUGCACUACUUGGCGAAACAUCGGGGCGUGUUACGUCGGUGAAACCCGUGAACUACUUUCCGAUCCCUCGCCUCGAAUAUCGGCAAGACCUCCGACGCGUCGUGCGAAAUAGUAUGGCUACGGCGUGUUUUAUGAUCCGCGGGUAAGUGCACGAGGCCGCGUUCCUUUCUAGCGGCGAAGUGGCAAAACCAUCGUGAUAAAGGAACGUAACCGCCGCCGCGGCCUUAAGCCUGAAACCGCUGUGCCGCCAAUGGUACCUGCACGGCGCGGAACAUUGCGAAGCGUUGCCGCCGCCGCCGCGGCUGAACGGUUCCGCCGAGAGGCGCGAGGGAAAUCUGCAGUGGCUUUUUCCUUUUCGUCGGCCUAGGCAGGCGAACGUGCCAGGCCGCACCUAGCCCAGAGAUAGUUUCAUCGCGGCAUAAAACAGUAAUCUAUGGCCUCUCGCGUAUAUGCUCUUGCCGCGUAAGAACGAACGGAAUCUCGCCUGACGCUCGAGCGCGCGGCCUUUCCAGGUCGCGCGGAUGAUUGCGGGCCCCUACUGCUCAUCCGCGACGAAAAGCACGACGGCGUUUUUCCGUUUUCAUUGAAAUGAUCCGCUCGCGAGUUUAUCCCCGCAAAACACCUCGUCAUGUUCCGGUAUGCUAACUUUGCAUCGAGUAAUCGUGACGCGAUGUCCAGUUUAGGUGAUGCCACAUCUCCGAUGAACAUGUUCAGCCUCGAUUGGAGCCUCGGUUUUCUCCCAGACCGAUACAGAGGAUCCGAGAGAAACGGCUACGCCGACGCAGGCGGAAGCUCUUUUCCGUAUCACUUCGGUAAGCAGAACAUUCUGUACGGGGACGCGCUGAGCGUGGAGAGAACUCGCCCGAGAAAUCGUGGUCAAGGUGAGGUAUCGGGAGAAAACGUGUCUGCAAAUACGGGACCACGUAGCGGCGACCGUGGAGAGGCGGCGGAUCUAGGUACGCACACAGAAAAUAACGACGGGACCACCCUGGCAGCGAACACAGCGGUCGACGCCAGGGGCGGCAGCCCUCAGGGCGCCCACCUGUCCGGUGCGGCAACCCCUAGACCUCCCAGAGGUAGAAGGCGACAAACUCAGAAUGGUCUCGAUACCACUCAAGUUAAAACAGAACGACUCACGCCUGACAAUAAUUCGACUUCGUCGAGAAGCGUGACGCCUUCUUCGUCGAGUCAUCCGGGAACGCCGCCAAAUGCUACUUCCUUGGGUGGACCGGAGGGCCCACAGCCACCCCAUCAUCUCAAGCACAUGGAACAGAUGAUGGGGCGAAACUAUAGCGACUUUAUGAGGAGCCUCGCCGCCAAGUACAACAACGCCAAUCCCAACGAUUACUUCAGCACACCGAGAAACGGUUAUCCACCGGGUCUGGAUCCGAGGUUUCCGGCCUUCAAGACCGCAGCGACGCCAUUCGUUGGUUUGAUGGCGCCCUUAGGGGCUCCGCAACCACCGACCGUUCCAACAACCUCACCGCUCUCGAACAAAGACCCGAAGGAGCAGAAGCAAGACAGCCUAUUUGGUAAUCCCGUAUUUCCGCCUAUGAUCGAUAUGUCGUCCACCCAGGCUCUUUUGCACAUGGUGCGAUCUGCCAAUGCAGCACAAAACGCAGAAUUGGAGACUUAUCUCAAAGGCGCGAACAAAAGAGACACGGGAGUAACGAGUCCUUUGGAUCUUUCGAGUCCCGGCGGUUUUGCACCUCGUAAACGGCAAAGGCUGGAAACAAGGAGAUCAGAGAGCGUCUCUCCCAAACCGAAAUCUACUAUGAGACCAACCACACCUCCACCAAUUAGAUGUCCGUCACUCUGUGGUCAUAUGCCCUGCGGGGAAGGACAAGCCGUAAAUCGUUGGACUAUCGAGGACGUUGUUACUUACGUUUCAUCGAUCGACAUUUGCACCGAGUAUGCACAGAAUUUCCGGGAGCAUCGUAUUGAUGGUUCCUCGUUGCCGCUGCUCUCAGAAGAUCACUUGACAGGACCGAUGGGCAUGAAGCUCGGUCCAGCCCUAAAGCUGCGUGCGAUGCUAGCUCGAAAGCUCGGUGCUUGCACGGUGUGUCUCCACUGCGCUCACUGCCAUCAAACGCCGUUACCGGCAUUGAGCGCAGUGGCCGCGGCCGCGGCAGCGACGCAACAGCAGCAGCAGCAGCAACAACAACAGCAGCAACAACAGCAGCAAACACCGGGCCGACGACCCAGCAGCACCGGCAACUGACAAACAAUGGCGGAGACUCCCCCGUUGGGGUCGGAGACGGCAGCGAUCGGAAUGACCUCGACGCCACUGUCUCCGGACCCGAAUCGGGCCCUCAGGAUAGAACGGCGUGUACCGCGUCCGAUACGCAAGCCGGAAGUCGUCUUCAAGAAGCCUAUCAAACAAUGACACGCCGGGAACGACAAAGCGAAAGAAACCUCUUUCGUAGACUUUGUACAUUAGGGAGUAUGGAGACUCCGCCUGUUGUCAGUAAUUAAGUGCUCGGAGGGACUUUUAGCAAGGAGAAUUUAGACUGGGGCCCACUCAAGGUUGCAUUGGAGGAAACAUGAAAAAAGAAGAGAGAGGACAGACUUUGACAUACAGAACUGAAUGCUCAGAAAUCUUGUUGAGCGUUUUGUCGAGUAUAUAUCGGAAUAAACUAAUGCCUAAACUGUAGAGACCUGAAGGACCGCAGACGAAACUGGAAACUUGGAUCGCGAUGGUGAGUUACGUAGAACUCAGGCAAUAAUACGAAAUGACAAAGACAUGUUAUGUUAUUUAAUAACAUACCGUAAAACUGUAGACGUAAAUUCUGUUUGGUCUUUGACAAGUUACUCUGGUUGAGUAACACUUAAAUAGGUGAAUUGAGAAAAGAGAGAAACAGAAAAGAGAAUUUUAUUUUUGAAAAUUCUAUACGUAUGAAUAAGGAGCAAAUUAAAUAGUCACAAGAAAGAAGUUUGCAAAGUCUAACUGCGAAUCAUGGUAAAAUACAUAUCGUUACGAGGAUACAUCUAUGUACGGAAGCUGAAGAAUUAGUAAAAUAAUAACAAUUUCUGAACAUAAGCAUAUGUAUUACGGAUGUAUAUUCGUCAGUAAAAAUUUCUAAAUAUAUAUGCAGAUGAUAUAUUUAUGUAUAAGGACUUUUAAAUGUUUCAGAUUUAACACAUUUACAAUUUUUGCGCUUAGAAUACUGUAUUAUAUUUUCAAGAAGAAUCGCAAUCAGUAAAUAAACGAUAAAUAUUCCAAAAUACUAAAAUAAGAGAGAGCUGAUAAUUUGUUGUCAAAAUCAUCAAAAAAAUUCACGAAUAAAAUUAUCAUACCGCGAAGUUCUAUACAAUGAUUUGUUUCUACAUGAAAACAGUUAUAUAAAAACAUAGAUUAUUUUAUAUAGGAUGCAAUUCCAGUACUUAAAUAGUACAUUUUGCAUUAUUGUGAGAAAUGGGAAAUUGUGAGUAAAUUUUAUGUAAGAAUGCUGAAUAUGUAACACACUAUUAUUUUCUAUUUAUAUUAAUUUGUGUUGCAAAAUAAACGAUUGUCUUCCAUCAUACAAUGACAAAUACACCAGAGAGCUUUUUAUUUAAACAUUUCCGAUUAAAUUUUAUUCUUUUAUUUUAUUAAAUUAAAUAGCUUGAUCAUAAUCUCUGGAAAUAUAUAGAUUUGAUUUAUGUUUAAUAGACUUUGCAUUUUUCUAUAACAGCUUUUAAAACUUUCAUAUACUUAGAAAGAGCAGAAAAUUUUAUUUAUUUCCGAGUAAUGUCUCUCAAGAUUUAGUGUGUUACGUCGACUAUUAAAAAUUAGCUUAAUGAUAAACGCAUUCAAGUCUUUCUUCUUAAUAUUUGCGAGAUGGAAAAAGUAAUCGAAAAUCAAUCAACUGAGUGCCUAUUUUUGUAAAGUCUUCCAAUAUGAUGUCGUCGAGUGAUUAUCGCAAUCGAAUUAGUUUUCAGUGUGCGAUAAUUUGUUGCAUUACUCUCGAUUAUCUGGAAUUACAUCUUUGGAUCGUCAAUCGGCGAUCGUAACGGCCGAAGUCACGUUUUUGUAUGGCAUUUCGAAAUGCCGAGAGAAAACGACAAAAAUGUCAACUUGACUUCGAAAAGAAAGGAAUAAAAAGGAAAAGAGUAUGUGUGAAUACACGUACAUGUGUACAUAUGUCGAAACUAAUGCGCGCGUGCGAGAAUGCGUGUGUGAAAUGGAUGUAAGUAGAUAUAUAAAAAAAUGACGAUUUAAUUAGGGAGACUUACGUGCAAUAACAAUAAAUACGUUUCGACGCGAUAACUUUUAACUACCAUAGGAGAGAUACGUAUUUGCUCAAAUCGUUAUUUCUUUUAUAUAUUUUAACAAAGUUUUUUAUAUACGAUAAAUAUACUAAAUUAUAUUUUUGCUAACGUUCCACGUGCAAAAGUAAAAUCCAUGUGCGAGCAUACACAAAUCCUACACACAUAUACACGCACACGUACACACACAUACACCACAUACAUACGCGCAAUAUAUGGACGACAACGACACAUUUCACGUGCGACGGACCCCUAUAGCUCGUAGGGAAUUGUACAUUAGCGCCUUUUAUUUCGUCCCCUUUAAUUUUCCAGAUUUAACGUAAACGUCUAUUUAUUUAGAAAUGUAUCCGUUGCCUUAUUGUAUUUGCGACAUAACGAUUAAGACAUAGGAUGGUGGUAGGGCGAUGCGAAACCGCGCUUCCGCGUAUCACUCGUAAGAGAAAGCAGGUGUGGCAAAUGAAUCAGUUUGUAAGACGAGCAGUAUUUUUAGAUUUACAUUAGCCUGAAUUUACUGCAGACUAUAUAAACUUCUAAUUGUAUGUUAUAUACAGACACAUACGUACACGAGACACAUAUGUACACGUCCGAGCACGUGUGUGACACGUGCGUCCGCGCUCCCGAGGCUCGUGUUACGUCAAAGAAAAUGCAAGAAUAUUUGAAAGCGCAACAUUUUGAAACGUUUUAAACGUGUCAAAACCCAACGUAAAAAAUUAGCAAUAAGAUUUGUUAUUAAACUUUUUUUUAAUUAAAAAGAAAGAAAUUGUAUCUUCUGUAGCUAAUGAUAUAAUAAUUAGACAUGUAAUUACGACAUUAAAUUUGUUUCUAUUUUAUGCAGGGAAAUAUUAUAUUUAUACGUUACAGCAUCUUUACAUGCCUCUUAUUUAUCAUUAGCGAUAUGAUGUUGCAAAUCAUGUACAUCCAUACAUAAUUUAUGCAAUUAAGAAAACAUUUCUUUCUUUGUUAUUUAAUAAAUAGACUUUCGGAAAGCUGUUCCCUUGUCUUGAAUGGAAUAUCUUUUGUUGUAUAACGAACUCGGGAGCGCUAACACUAAUCGAGCUUUAGCGGCUUUUACUUAAACAAGAUCACUGUACAUAACGCUUAAGCAUUUAUUUAUGUCGUGCUUCUACAAAUGUCCCGUAGUAUUUUAUUUAGUAUCUUAGUCGAGAUUCAUGCGCUACUAAUGCGUAUCACAAGCGCUACGUAUUAAUUAUUUCGUGCAGCAUUUCUGCUCGAUGGAAAAAAACGGACGAGAAAGGAAGAAUUACAUCGAUAAACGAUGAUCGAUACUGUUAGCGAAGGAUCACUCAAUCUCGCAUACAGAUUAAAGAGAGAUGGCAAAACAGGCGAUAAGGCAAUUUUUUGUGAUAUUUCCAGAUUUUCCUCAUCCUUCGGUAUACUCUACUCUGGAAAAUCGAUCUUAAAAUCGAUCGGUUUUACAAUAUGUAUCCAUCCCAUUUCAUCCCUGAUCUCCCUCCGACUCUUUUAUUUCUCCAUCGCGAACCUGUCGUGUAUUAUCGUACGAUUAACUGUCAUAUCAUGUAUAGUAGAAAUUAAUGGUGAAAAGAGGAAAAAAACAGUACAUUGUUUCUGUUAAAAUAAACUUUGU